CUCUAUGAAGUAUUGAAUGGCUUUUUGAAUUCGUUUUAGACUGUGUUGCGGUACGCAGGUCUUUCGCGAUGGUGCAGUGGUUGCAGCAACACGUAUCUUCUGUGAGCGCAAGAUCGUAACAGUUUCUGCUCUGCUUGAUGUUUUGAUUUUGACCUGCGAGUAUGAACUCACCUGUUUUCUGGCUACAGGGGCAAUAGUAUUGUUGUUUCCUGAGGUUUGGAAAAAUUGGAAUGAGUGCGAAAAAGAAGCGCGCUACUCCACCCACAUUUUUUAUUUUUCGGCCAGUACACGUACAAGUGCCUGGUACAAGUUGCGAUUCUGAAAAUGAGGACCCUACCGUAGUGAAGAUGUGAAAGCAGCUUUCCCAGCAUUGUUUGACGAAGACACAUAAAAUAAUAGAAAAAGUAAGCAACAGCCGAAGCAAAGAUUAGAACACAAAUGUCAGCAAGACUCUUCUAGCGAAAGAACGACGUGAUGGAAUCUUCCAACGACGAAGUGACGAAAGCAGGUGCAGAUAAAAAUACAGCUGGGUCAGCAACAACAGAUCGACGCCAGCAGUUGUCACAGACCAAAAUCCCUCCGAAACGACGACCAAAGAUUGCGGUCCUCCCUCGAGCUGUGGUGGAUCAGAUCGCCGCGGGAGAGGUCGUCCAGCGCCCCGUCUCGGUAAUCAAGGAACUAUUGGAAAACUCGCUCGAUGCCGGGGCUACCCAAAUUGUGAUUCAGUACGACGGGCUCUCGAAGUUUUCCAUUGCCGACAACGGGCGCGGAAUCCCCAGUGCCGAUCUGAACCUCUUGUGCACUAGACACGCCACCAGCAAGCUUGCCUCCGUAGAUGACUUCUCCGACCUUUCGACCUUUGGGUUUCGGGGGGAGGCCCUGGCGUCCACCAGCAUGGUCAGCCGGCUCCUGACGGUAGUGACGCGCCUCAGGGUCGGGGAGUACGACGACGACGACGAGAGUGCCUCGGUGGUUGCUUACGCUCAAUCCUACCAGCACGGAAAGCCCCUCCAACUCAAACCAAAGCCGUGCGCUCGAAAAGUGGGAACCACCAUAACGGUGAACGACCUUUUCUACAACGUCCAUCAUCGGCAAAAGGCCUUUUCGAAUUCCAAGCGAGAGGCGGAAGAAUACGGACGCAUCCACAAGCUAAUCCAGGACUACGCGGUUCACUAUCCGACCGUCGGGUUCGUUUGUCAGCGACAGAUGGCCACCAGAGCGAAAGCAAAAGCCAACAAGCAGCUCGUUGUAGACUGCAACACGGGGCAGAUCCCGGCCGUCAGGGCCUUGCUACAGAGCCGUGCCUCGGCGGCAAAACUGGCGGCCGCACAAAAAACCAACAAAGACAAUUCUGGUCAGAAGGCAAAGGUCGUCGAAGCCACCAAACAAAUCUUGACACACGUCCUAGGAUCGAAUCUCGCGAAUCAUUUAUUGUAUAUGGAAUGCAGCAGCUCGGACAACGACAAGGUUCCCACUGAAAACGACUGUGGAAAUGGGAGUGGCAAUACCAAAGAAAACGCCGACAGAUACAAAUUCCGCUACGCUGCCGAAAUCUACUUUACGACUCCAACCUACAAUAGUGUCGGAGGUGGUGGCAGCGCCAGGAAGGGAAAUAGCAGCAAACAACAAAACACCAAGACGACUCAGGGGAAAUUCGUUUUGUUUCUGAACCACCGCCUCGUCGACCUUCCACCCCUCAAGCGGGCUCUGGAGGACAUUUAUGCCGAUCUGGGCAAUCCCAAUCGCAGCAAAUCCAGCACCAACAACAGCAACGUUGGGAAACCCGUCUUGGUGGUCAACCUGAGCAUUCCAGGAUGCCAGGUCGACGUAAACGUUCAUCCGUCCAAGCGACAGGUGGCCUUGAUGUACCAGGAAGAUGUGAUCAGGGAUCUAGCUGUGAACGUAAAGGAACGCCUCGAAGACCACGGGCAGGCCUUUUUGGCUCAAUCGGUGGCCACGCCCGCCGCCAAAAAAGCGAAUGUUCGUAAUCCAUACGCCAAAACUCCAAGCAGCCAGAAGCGAAAACGAUCGUCCCCCAACAAAGAAUCAUCAGAGGAGGCGGUCGACAUUGACGAUAAAGAGGAGAUUGAAACCAUGAGCCACUGCGAGAACGACAUCGCCGAGGAAAAGAAACGUUCCAAAAGAGACGAAAACUUCGAUUCUCCUCCUCCACAUGAGAAUGCUCGAGGGAAGAUCGAUGGGAAGAAGCGGAAUCCUCGUAGCGGCAGCAGCGAAAAGAAAAUAGCACCGUCCAAGCUUGUUCGAACGAACUUGGCUGCCAGGGCAGGAGCUAUAGAGCCAUUUCUGGUCUCCACACAAGGCGCGUCGCAACUAUCUCAAUCACAGUCGACCCAAGAUAACAAUGAUGAAAACGAUAAUCCUUCGUCAUCUCAACGACCACUAUCCCAACCAGAGCAAUCGUCUAUGGUCCACAUUCCUCCUUGCCCCCUUGCGAAUCCACUGACCUUGAAAGACAUUGAUAUAACGCAACCAGGAGCCUUUGCUUUAAUACUGAAGCAAGAAAAAUGCACCUGUCCGACCGAUGUGAUUGACAUGAGCCGACGUACCGUGUUCGUACCAAACACGGUGGUCCGGCCUAAGCGCGUCGUUCCGACCCCCUCCAAGUACACAUCGAUCGCAUCCCUCCGCAAGCGCGUGGGCAAACAGCAAUGCCACGAAACGACAAAACGGAUACGGACGGCCUUUUUCAUGGGCGUCCUGUCGCACCAGCGGUCGCUGGUCCAGUGUGGCGAAGAAAUGGUGAUGAUCAACCACUUUGAGCUCGCGAAGGAGCUCUUCUACCAGCUAGCGCUCGCGAGAUUCAAUGGUGGCGCCAAACUAGCUCGACUGGGGGGCGGUGGCAUAUGCGUACAGACCGUGGUAGCACAGGCUUUGCAACACGAAGACGAACUGACACUAGCUAGUAGCACCAAAGCCACAAGUAAAACAAGCGUUAACAAUGGUGCGAGUUGCAGCGACAUGCUGCAGGUUAACGACUCGAAUCAGAACCUAGCAGAACACAUCGCGGCACGCCUGGUAGAGAGUUCUGCGAUGCUUGAAGAGUACUUUUCAAUACGCAUCGAGCUCCAACCGUCUAUCGGCGGAAACGACAUGAAAAGUGAUGAUAACAAAGAUGGAAAGAGCGAUCCUUGCGACUAUGACCAUCGCCAUGAAAAUGCUGGCAACGCAAUUUUAACCGGUCUCCCAGUAUUGCUGGACGGUCACUCUCCACAACCUCGUAAGUGCUUUCGAAAUGAAACAACUUUGUUCGAACGUUAUUAUAUUGUGUCGUCUUCGCUAAAACUUCCUCCCGCCUACACCAGACGCAUUGCCCAUUUUUUUGCUUCGACUUGCAACCCAGGUCGACUGGACCAGAGAAAAGCACUGUUUCCACGGAGUUUGUAAAGAAAUCGGAAAUUUUUAUGCUAUGUUGCCUAGUGAAUGGGGCGACCUAAACCCCUACGUCCAGCACACAAUCUUUCCUGCACUUUCGUACUUGUUGUUGCCAUCAAAGAAUCAAGCAAGCAAUGGCUAUUUCACGGCUAUGACCAAACUGUCCACCCUGUACAAGGUGUUCGAGCGAUAAGUAACUUUUCCUACCUCCGUCCCACCCCCUUUUUGGCAAAACAUUGGAAUACCACUCUCUGAACCCGUGCAAUGCAGUGAAAAUCCUACACAAAAUAAGAUUAAAAUGUAGGAAACAGUAAAAGAUUUUUUUCAUGUUUCUUCCCGCAUCAUUUCCAAGAACAUAUUAACCAUCUCCAACCACAAAGUCAAAUCAUGGCAUUUACCAUGAUGGAUGAUUGGUGGUGACAAGAACAUAUCUGAAACUACGACUUGCACACCUUGAGCUAAUUGCAGGAGUCUCCAAAAAUGAUACUAGUGGCAGUGUUUCCAGUAGUGACAUUAAUGGUUCUUUUGGCAUUGUGUAUCAUUCAUCCUACUCUAAUUUUUCCUUUACUAAUAACAUUCAAGAACUCCUUCGCCAAGACCUGACUCAUCUGAUCUCAAGCAAGAGAGAAGGAUGGAACCAUAUAUAUCACCAAAGCCCCUCGUUGGAACUACAUGCAUCAUAUUGUUGGAUGCAGUUUUGUUGUUUUUACCAAAGAAUCCACUCCACAACCUCAGGGCUCUAAUGGUGAAGAUCAUGAAUGUCUUUGUCUUGAAUGGUAUACUAAAUAUUGAUCAAUCUG